CUUUAACGGAUAAACUGAGAAUACAGAAAAGAAUCAAGACUGGCCUAAUAUACAUAGUAGUAAAAAAAAUGGCAAACUCACCGUCCAAUCCCAGUGAAUUCAACCGAACACCGCUUUCGGAACUCACAAACGAGACGAAGCUGCAGCUAUCCUGCAUGCUCAAUCGCAAAAAGGUCCUGCGCACCGAGGAUGGCUAUGAGCGCGAUUGGCGUGGCAUUGCCCAUCUGGCCAAGUUGACCAAUCUGAUCACCGAGAAUGUCUCGAAGCCCAUGGAUGCGGUGUUGAGCACUUGGAUCCAACAUAAUCCCAGCACAGCUGAAGUGGGUUACCUGGAACAAUAUCUGGGCAUCAUUGAUCGCUGGGAUGUGCAGGAUGACAUCAAGGAGUAUCUGAUUAAGGACACCGAACGCUUCAAUAUGAAGAAGCAGCAGCGGGAACAAUUGCAGAACAACAACAGUGUGACUCAAUCCGUCAAUAUUCUAAACCAGCCAAGAUACAAUGCCUGUAUCCUUUAUGCAGAGGGAGAUGUUGAAUAUGCUAUGGAAAUUGUAGACAAUCUAGAAAUACCUCCUUACAAUAUGAAGCUCUUCAUGAAGCAUAUUCUACCGGAAAUGCCAUUCGAAUAUGACAAUUUAGUUGAGUUGAUGGCAAAUCGUUGCAAUCAUUUGAUAGUUCUCCUAACUGAGAACUUUGUCGCUAGUCGCGAGAAUGCAAAUUUGAUGAAUUUUAUGGAGAAGCUACAAAUUGAAAGAAGCAGUCGAAGAAUCAUACCAAUACUGUAUAAUUCUAAUAUAGAACUACCUGACAUAUUAUGCUUAUACACAUGUCUUGAAUAUCGUCAUUCGCCGCUAUUCAGUUUCUGGGACAGGCUGGCCAGUUCAAUCGAAAUGAAUAUUUCACAAAUUUACUACUCUGAUGAUAAUCGAAUCUCAAGAAAGGCCAACAAAUUAUUGCAAGUGCGAAUGCGCCCUCAAUUUGUAUGCCAUCAACACUCACAACAUUCACAUUCCCAUUUCCAUAAGCCAACUGACGUCAGUCGGCUGGAUCGUUAUCGUUAUCCCAAUAUGGUGACACCGCCGUCACCCGGCGGCGAUCCCAGCACUCUUUGCGGUGCCCUGGCCACCUCCGGCUUCAAUCGGACACCGCUCUCGGAGCUGAGCAAUGACACCAAACGGCAGCUCUCCUGCAUGCUCAAUCGCAAAAAGGUCCUGCGCACUGAGGAUGGCUAUGAGCGCGAUUGGCGUGGCAUUGCCUAUCUGGCCAAAUUGACCAAUUUGAUCAACGAGAAUGUUCCCAAGCCCAUGGAUGCGGUGCUGAGCACUUGGAUACAGCACAAUCCGAAUACGGCUGAAGUGGGAUACCUAGAACAAUAUCUGGGCAUCAUUGAUCGCUGGGAUGUGCAGGAUGACAUCAAGGAGAAUAUAAUUAAAGACACCGAGCGCUUCAAUCUUAAGAAGCAGCAGCGGGAACAAUUGCAAGAGCUCUCACGCAGCAGUCCGCCACCAAGUCUCGAGCUGAGGGAGAAGAACAACAACAGUUUGGCGCAACCAGUCAACAUUCUAACCCUAGAUGACGAGAAGUGCCUGCAAAUGGGUCUGCCGUUGCCCAGAUACAAUGCCUGUGUGCUCUACGCAGAGGCGGACAUCGAGCAUGCCAAGAACAUUAUGGAAAAUCUAGAGUAUCCCCCCUACAACAUGAAGCUCUUCCUGAAGCAUCGAGAUAUAUUGCCUGGUGUGCCCUUCGAGCAUGUUGAACUCUCAGAGUUCAUGACCCAUCGCUGCAAUCAUUUGAUAGUCGUGUUAACCGAAGAGUUUCUCUCUAGUCGCGAGAAUACGUACUUGGUGAACUUUACGCAGAAACUACAAAUUGAGAGUCACAGACGAAAGAUCAUACCAAUAGUGUACAACUAUAAGAUGGCACUACCACAAACCUUGUCGAUCUACACUCGCCUUGUCUACGAACAGCACUCGGCGCUUUUCAAUUUCUGGAACAGACUGGCCAGUUCUCUGUACGAUAUGAAUGUUACGCAAGUCUACGCACAGCCCAAUCAAAUCACAGCACCUGAGACACCAGUUAAUGCUCUACCGGAAACGCCACGCAUAUUGGUGAAUGAUGCAGAUGUCACAAAUCUGCCCGAUUCAAAGUUGAUGGAGCCAAAAACGUAUUACAAAGCUUUGGCACCGUCAGCUCCAGUGCCUGAGCAAAAGAAAAGUAAGGUCAGGCUACCGGUCUUUCGUAUUAUCUCCUCCUCCUCUUCGACAUCGUCCACAUCGUUGGCCGGGAAUGGCAGCACUGAGAAACCGCUGAGGCAUGCUAUAUCGUCAAGUGCCAUCAACGAUCACAGUCACGAUAACAAGCUAAACACCAGCGUGUCCAAUCUAUCCACUUAUUCGGGCAAAAAGAAGCGAUUCAACAAGAUUAGCUCCAAGCUGCUGAAGACGUUCACCCGAAGCACAUCAAAAUUGCAGACGCCGUGUUAGGAGAAUCAACAGUAGGGGAAACAAUUUACAGCUAAUCCACUUACAAUUGAGUGUAAGUGUGGAGCGCGAUCGAAAUGAAUGUGAAUUUCCUUAUUUAGCGCCCAGUUUUAUCAAUGUCGUCCUUGUCGUCGUUGUGUUGAUUGAUAAAUGUCAGCAUAAUGCAACAUCAGCAUCACAAAACAAAAACAUAAACAAAAAUAGAAAACCAUCGCCAUCGAUCGCUCGCAAGCGUCAGCUAUACCUCACCACCCUCCAUAUCGUUUGUAAUCUAGCCUAAUCGUAAUCCUAAUCCUAAUCAAGCCAACUAACUUAAUGUAUUUAGACGCACUUGUUAAACUAUGUAAGUCAACAACGAAUAAAGACAAUAUAUACACGCACACACACAGACGCACACACAGAUACACGAAUACACGAUAUUGUAAAAGGCACAGACCAUAUUUAAGUCUAAAGACAAUAAUCAAUAUUAUUCAACUAAAAACCAUAUGUAUACACAAAAGAACAGAGCAACAGAGAACAGAAAACAAACAAACAAAUUGCCAAUUGUAAGGUUAAAUGUGCAAUGCAAUGCUUUGCUAAUCGAAGCACACAAUUAGCUGUUAGUCACGCGUCUGAUAAGUGACUUACUUAAUUCAAUUAACUUGACAACCGCCCAGCCGCAUUCCCCUAUCUCACUUUCCCCUCCUAUUUGGAUCCAUAAAGUCAACCCCAUCCUAUCCCAACCCGCUGCUCUAGUAAUCGCAGUCUCGCCAGACAAUACCAGAACAGAGAUGAUGAAUAACUUGUGCGCGUUCGAUAUUGUGUGAAUUUGAUGAAUAAUGUGCAUGCUCAAGCAUCUAGAUAUGUAUGUAUAUAUAUAAUUUUUGUAUAUGUGCGACAUUUAAAUGAUAAAGUAGAGAGGGGCUUUCGUCACUUUGUAAUUGCCAUUGAAUGGCUGAGCAACGAUUUAUUUUGUCACACUGUGCUCCGAGCUUAUAUCAUGCAUACGACUCGAGUACUCGCAAUUUUUUGCACUUUUCUUUAAGUCACGCGCAUAUAACACUUAUACAAUAUUACGUAUACGUACAUAUAUUUUCAAAUAUAUACACAUACAUACAUACAUACACACAUAAAUAUAUACAUAAGUAUGUCACGUGCUCACGCACAGCUCGUACUUGUUAAAUAGACUCUAUGAAUGAGCUGUUUCCUAUAUAGUAUGCGACCGAUCUGGUAAUAAAGCCCCCUUCAAAACUGCAGCUCAAUAAUUAAAUGUUUACAUAUAGUACAUAUAUGCGUUCAAUAUGUAAAUAUAUAUACUUCACGUUUUUGUGGUUUGCUUUUGAGAAUAAACAGUUGGUGCAAUAAUUAACUUAA